CCGCAACCGGAGGCAGCAGAGGCCGAGGCAGCCGGGCCCACGUAACCCGCCCGGCCAAGCAGAGCAGGGACAAGCUUCACGGUCUGUGUGAAGAUCCAUCCGUGAGCCGGUAUUUCAGGCUGGAAUUUGCAAGGGCUAAGCGGAAGGGGCGUGGACUAACGGGACUGUCUGGAGUGAGCGGGAGUAAAACCGGAGUGAACGGGAGUAAUCCGGAGUUAAAAUGCUGCACGGGAGCGACCUGGAGAGAAGUGUCGCAUGAAGCGGGCUGUGUGCAGUCGAGCUCGGGGUUGGGACAAGUCUGCAACGAGGCGCCGCUGGUAAAACGGUGUGAAGCGAAGUGAACCGGAGCAGCAACUGGAGACUGCAGCCUCCUGCACAACAGUAUCUGGAGCGGUGUCCAGAACUGGUCCAUUUAAGUGUUCUCAUCGGAUACUUGGGAAGCCAAAAACAUGUCUUUCUUUAACUUUCGGAAGAUAUUCAAGAUUGGCGGAGAGAAAAAAAAGAAACAGUUCGAGCAUGUGAAGAAAGACGUGAACCCGGAGGAGAUCUGGGACAUCAUCGGAGAGCUGGGUGAUGGGGCGUUCGGCAAGGUGUUCAAGGCGCAGAACAAACUGACCGGGGUGCUUGCUGCUGCAAAGGUGAUUGAUACGAAGAGCGAGGAAGAGCUGGAAGAUUACAUCGUGGAGAUUGACAUCCUGGCCUCCUGCGAUCACUACCAUAUUGUUAAGCUCCUCGAUGCGUUUUACUAUGAAAACAAGCUGUGGAUCCUGAUUGAGUUCUGCGGUGGAGGGGCAGUUGAUGCCGUCAUGUUGGAGUUGGAGCGGUCCCUGACAGAGCCACAAAUCCGUGUCGUUUGCAAGCACACGCUGGAAGCGUUGAACUACCUGCACGAUAACAGAGUGAUUCACCGCGACCUGAAAGCUGGGAACAUCCUGCUCACCCUGGACGGGGACGUCAAGCUCGCCGACUUUGGGGUCUCGGCAAAAAACAUCAGGACGCUGCAGCGACGGGACACCUUCAUCGGCACCCCGUACUGGAUGGCCCCUGAGGUGGUGAUGUGCGAGACAUCGAAGGACAAGCCUUACGAUUACAAGGCGGACGUGUGGUCGCUGGGCGUCACUCUGAUCGAGAUGGCCCAGAUGGAACCCCCACACCACGAGCUGAACCCCAUGAGGGUGCUGCUGAAAAUCGCUAAAGCCGACCCUCCCACCCUGGAUCAGCCAUCCCGAUGGUCUCCUGAGUUCAACGACUUCCUGAAGAAGGCAGUGGACAAGAACGUGGAGCAGAGGUGGUCGUGCCAGCAGCUACUGCAGCAUCCCUUUGUAGUCAAUGUUAACAGCAAUAAGCCGGUGAGGGAGCUGAUUGCAGAGGCAAAGGCAGAGGUAACGGAGGAGAUCGAGGAGAGCAAGGAGGAUGAAGAGGAGGAGGACUCGGAAAGUGCGGCGGCCGUGCCAGGGCACAAGCGGGCACCUUCGGACAUCAGCACGGCCAGCUCUGAGGAUGACAAGCUCUCCCAGUCUGCGUCUGUGCUCGAGUCCGUGUCUGAGAAAAUGGAGACGGAGUCCACGGAGGAGAACGCGGACAAGGGCAGCGACAAGCUGUCGGAUGAAGGCAUCGGCACCAGCGAGGGCGAGAGGCCCGACACGGAGCGGGUGACGGAGAAUAAUGCCUCGGAUACCAGCGACGAAGACGUGCAGGCGGUGGGAGAGACGCCAGAGCCCGUUGCCGCAGAGCCUGCCGCAGCAGAGGAUGAGCCCAAGGUUGUGGAGCCCACAGCUGAGACCCCAGGGGUUGAGAUUGAGGCAGCUGAGGACGUCAGAGGGCCCGAGGAGGAUAGGGACAUGGAGCCAGAGAGAGGUCACGGAACAGAGAGCGGAGAGGAAAAGAAAGUACCUGAGGCGGAGGCACCAGCUGAGGGAGGCGCAGAGGCUGAAGGACGCACUGAUGCAGAGGGAACCACUGAGGGGGUCACUGAGGCAGAGGGGGUCACUGCCACUGAACGAGGCACCGAGGUAGUGGCUGAGGGAGGUGCUGACCUAGCCAAGACUGCAGUGGCAGAGCGAGCAGAAGAAGCAGCCAAGGAAGAAGAUGUCAGUGUGAUGGAGGAUGUUAAUGUGGAAGCGAGGGAGAGUGUGAUUGCAACAGGCCCAGAGCUGGGAGCUGGAGACAGGGAGGCGAUUGUGGAUGGUCCAGCUCCCCCAAGUGAAGAAGGAGAGCGGGAGAAGGGUGCCGGGGACCUGGGGGUGAUCUCCGACAGGCAGCCUGUGCACGUUGAGGGGGCUGUGCCAGUGGAGACGGUGACUGGGAGUGGCGGGAAAGCAGAGGUUGCCUCCGAGACAGACGCCAAGGCCCAACCGGAACCCAGCCCGUCCUCGGCGCUGGCUGGGGAGAGCGGAGAGAUGAAUGAGACGCAGACCGCUGGAGGUAGCGGCGUGAAGGAAGCUGAGAGCGCGAGCCAGCGGGAAGCGAAGCCAGCAACCACCUCGGAAACCAGUGACACCAUCGAGGAGACGAAAGUAAAUUUAGAGCCAGUCCCUCCGGCUAAGGGCAAAGAGAAGGAGCGAGACGCGGACUCUGGCAGCGGGUCGAUAGCGGACAGCAGCAGCAGCAUCGACCUGAAUCUGUCCAUCUCCAACUUCCUGACCCGCAAUAAGGAAACGGGGUCCAUAACACUCCAGGAAAUGCGGCAGCAGAAAAAGACCCUGAAGAAAACGCGGAAAUUUAUGGUGGACGGUGUGGAGGUCAGAGUGACGACGUCAAAAAUAGUCACUGACAACGACAAGAGCAAUGAGGAAAUGAGGUAUCUCAGGCGCCAGGAGUUGCGGGAGCUGCGGCUGCUGCAGAAGGAGGAGCAGCGCACGCAGCAGCAGCUGAGCAACAAGCUGCAGCAGCAGCGCGAGCACAUCUUCCGCCGCUUCGAGCAGGAGAUGACGAGUAAGAAACGUCAGUACGACCAGGAGAUUGAAAACCUGGAGCGGCAGCAGAAGCAGACAAUCGAGCGGCUGGAACAGGACCACACCACCCGGCUGCGGGACGAGGCAAAGAGAAUCAAGUCAGACCAGGAGAAGGAGCUGUCCAAGUUCCAGAGCAUGUUAAAGAAUCGCAAGAAGGAGGUUAAAAAUGAAGUGGAUAAACUUCCCAGAGAACAGAGAAAAGAGCAAAUGAAACGCAUCCGAGAAGAGCUCUCGCAGUCCUUGCAUGUUCAGGCCAUCGCCCAGGUUAUGAUACAGUCCUUUCAGUUAUCAUCAUGCACCCUGUCCAAUGCACAGCUUCAGGAUGAGCAGGAGUUCCUGCAGAAGCAGCAGCAGGAGUUGGAUGGAGCGCUGAAGAAGAUCAUUCACCAGCACAAGCUUGAGCUUGCGACCAUCGAACGGGAGUGUCUGAACAACAAGCAGCAGAUGAUGCGAGCGAAGGAGGCGGCGAUCUGGGAGGUGGAGGAGCGGCAUCUCCAGGAGAAGCACCAGCUCCUGAAGCAGCAGCUCAAGGACCAGUACUUCAUGCAGAGGCACCAGCUGCUGAAACGGCACGAGAAGGAAAUGGAACAGAUGCAGAGAUACAACCAACGUCUUAUUGAGGAGCUGAAGAACGGGCAAACCCAGGAGAGAGGCAGGUUGCCCAAAAUCCAACGCGGUGAUGCCAAGACCCGCAUGGCCAUGUUCAAAAAGAGCCUGCGCAUUGGCUCCUCGAGUUCUCCAGAGCAGGAUCGAGAGAAGAUUAAACAGUUUGCCAGCCAGGAGGAGAAGAGGCAGAAAAACGAGAGGCUGCAGCAGCACCACAAGCACGAGAACCAGAUGCGGGACCUGCAGCUCCAGUGUGACGGAAACAUCCGCGAGUUACAGCAACUGCAGAAUGAGAAGUGUCACCUGCUGAUCGAACACGAGACCCACAAGCUGAAGGAGGUGGAUGAGGAGCACAGUCAGGAGCUGAAGGAAUGGAGGGACAAGCUGCGGCCCCGCAAGAAGGCUCUGGAGGAAGAAUUUGCUCGGAAGCUGCAGGAGCAAGAAGUCUUCUUCAGGAUGAGCGGGGAGUCGGAAUGCCUCAACCCUUCGGCACAGAGCCGUAUCUCCAAGUUCUACCCGGUCCCGAGCCUGCACUCCACAGGGUCCUAGGCACCAGCCCUGCGGUAAUCUUCCAGUGUGACUGUUACAUGUAGUGCUGCUCCAUUAACCCGCAGCAAGACUCUCACUGCCUCUCUACCACCUCGGAGUUGGAAGACAAUCAGCAUGUGACUGUUUGGAUUGAAACCUUUCUAACCUUACGGGCUGCUCGUGUUGACGGGGCCCCCGAUAAAUUGUGUGACUUCAUCCCCUGCCGCUUUGAAAGUCAACAAGCCUGGGGUUGUGUGAUCGUAUCGAAUGGCGCCAUUCCACCCUCUGACACACUCUUCACUGCCCUGUGACCACCGGGGGGAAGCCGCUGGGCUGGUCUGGGCCACAGCCACUGUCCGGAGAGGUGGGCAGUACUACAUUGCUGCUCUCUUGCGAUGGGAUUCCGGGUGGUGACCCGUCACAGGGCUCACUGUGCAUGUCCACUAGCUUUCAGUCAUCAUCAACAGUUAUCAGUUCAAUCUUCCGUUAACAUUCAGCUCCUGCGUCAUUCUGAGCAAACUAACAGAAUCGAGGGCUUUGAGCAUUUCUGACAUUUGUGGGGCAUUUAAUCCAGUCGUGGGCCUGCAGAGGAAGCACGGAACGAGGUUCCCUCUGUGACUGGGCACUCAGGCAGUCACCCGUCAGACAGUGGGCGACAGAGUUGCAGGGACAGCCUGAGUAUUAGAGCAGUGGCGGAGCGGGGCUGCAGGACUGACUCGCACUGUCCGUGUUUCCCGUCGCCUUCCCCGUCUCUUUGUGACUAAGGAUGAGCUUCCUGAUGGCAUCAGUGCCUGCGAGCUUGUGUGUAGUCUGAUGGCAUCAGUGCCCUCAAACAUGCGUGUAGUCUGGCAUCAUUAUCCUCGAACACGCGUGUAGUAUGGCAUCAGUGCUCCCGAACACACGUGUAGUCCGGUGGCAUCAGUGCCCUGAACACGUAUGUAGUCUGAUGACAUCAGUGCCCCCAAACACACAUAGACUGGCAUCAGUGCCUCCGAACAUGCAUGUAGUUUGAUGGCAUCAGUGCCCACAAACACGCAUGGAGUCUGGCAUCAGUGCCCCAGAACAUGUACAAUCUGCCCGACCGUCGGUGACGACAGGAUCCUUGCAGUUACUGUAAUCAAUUAGUUCUUCGGGAGCAGUCAGGCUCUGAGCUGGGUGCCCUGUGAGGAGGGUGGGGGGGUUGAGGCAGGGGUACCGUGCCUAGCGUGAGAUGCCCCCUGCAACUCCGGCAUGUUGUGUGGUACACUGGAGCCAGCCGGGAGCCUCACAAGCACAGAUCUCACUGGACAGUCGGCUUGCUUCACAAGUUUCACUCCACUGCAUUUAGUUAAAGAACCAAACCGUUAUUCAAACAAUCACAAAAUUUAACUUGAGGAUCAAUGUUGCAAUUAACUAACUCGCCCGCCCUCCAUUAAACCCAAUGACCAUCUCUAUGCCGUUUAUGGGUCAGUUUGUGCAUCUGGACAUUGCAUGCAGGCGCAGUUUAUUGCCCCCCCCCCUAACUGCCCUCGUCCGAGGGCUGCCUCUUGUGGUAGAGGGGUCGCGCUGUGCUGAGAGGAGGGUGUUUGAGGAUCUUGGAUCCAGCCUCUGGUGAGGGAGCGCCCCACAUACCUGCUGCCAUUGUUGCCCUGGCUGCUUGUGGCUUGUGGAGAUUGGCUGAGUAACAGCAGCGCCUGGAUCACAGUGCAUGUUUGACACAGUCAAUGUUUGAAUGCUGGACAAUGUGCCAAUCAAUGAACUAAAUCAUCAUCACUACAUUACCAAACUAACAUUACAUUUAGACGUCAUUGAAAUAUUGGACAACCAUCACUACAUUAUUAAAACCAUCACCCUCUUGGGUGGUCAGUGAAAUGAUCAAUCACCCUGAUAGCAUACAGUGAAUGAGGGUAAGGUGCUUUGAAAAUAGUCUGAGUGAUGUGAUGAAGUCCUUCGUCUCAGAACUAAGAAUAAAAUGUUCUGGUCUACUUUUGAUUGGGAGUGGGUUGUCGAUGGAGUUCUUGUGUGGUGUACGUUUUCAUAUGACUGACAAUCCCAUCUUGGGCCAAGAGUCAAUAUCACCCCUCAAUGUGAGGGUUCACUCCUGACCCUUCACCCCUCAGUGUGUGGAAGAACAGUUUGCACAAAGAAUUCACAGCCACUAUGAUCUGCUCUCUAUCUCGGACACUAUGUACUUGGGUUGUUUUAAUGGAUGAAAUGUUGCGUUGAAGUGCGUAUUUCCCCUUGUGCAGUUUGGGUCCAGCCUGUACUGCCCCAACACUGUACUGCACGGUGAUGUGAGCCCUACCUGACUGGGGGAGUGCAAGGCUGCUGAGUUUCCAUCUCCAUCGGGACAUGUUCGUUUUGUGUGAAUGACUUGGGAAGCCAGUACUGCAAAGCUGAUCACGACAAGGAAAGCAGCGCAGGACCUCACUGUCCGGGUGCUGAACACUGUUUCAGAACUGAGCCGUUUAAAGCUUUCCCCACCAUCCUCACUCCAGCCACCAGCCUCAAACACAGAGCCACAGGUCUGUCCUUCAGUCAUAGAUUCACAGAGCUGUAGAGCACGGAUACAGGUCCUUCGGCCCAACUCAUCCAUGCCCACCACUGGCAUUCAGGGCUAAUCCUAUUUUCCUGCAUUUGACCCAUUUCCCUCUAAACCCGGUACAAAUGCCUUUUAAAAGGACCCGAGCUGUCGGGAGAGGUUGGGCAGGCUAGACUGUUUUCCCAUAAAGUGCAGGAGGAUGGGGGGUGAUCUUAUAGAGGCAUAGAAAAUUAUGAGGGGUAUAGUAGGUAGGGUGAAUGCACAGAGUGUUUUACCUAGGUUAAGGGAAUCAAAAAACAGAGGGCAAAGUUUAAUAGGAACCUGAGGGAGGUGGGUACAUGGAACAAACUGCCAGAGGAGGUAGUUGAGGCAGGUACUAUAACAACAUUUUAAAGAUAUUUGAAGAUGGACUCAAAAUGCUGGGCUAACUGAGUGGGUUAGGCUGCACCUCUGGAGAAAAGGAAUAGAUUACGUUUUGGGUCGAGAUCGUUCUUCAGACUGCGUCUCAGGAGAGAAGGAAACUAGAGGUAUGAUACAAAAUACAUGUGGACAGGUACAUGGUUAGGAAAGAUUUAGAGGGAUAUGUGCCAAAUGCGGGCAGAUGAGACGAGUGUAGAUGGGGCAGCUUGGUUAACAUUAGAAUUAAGGGCCUGUUUCCAUAUUGUAUGACCAUGACUUUAAAGUCAUAAUUAUAUCCACUUCUAUAGCUUUGUCUGGCAGCUCAUUCAUUCAGACUACUUUCUGAGUGGCCCUGAGGUCCCUCUUAAAUUUAUCUCCUCUCACCUUAAACCUGUGCCCUCAAAUUUAGAAAUUAAUCAGAUUAACUUUACUGUCCUGAUUAAUUUUUCUGAUUGUAUGCCUCCUUGUCGCCCUCCCCUCAACUAACAAUGAACCAUUCUACAAUUCUUUAACAUCGUCUGCUUUGAUCUGUCAUUUUCACACCAUAUCCUUCCAUAUCUCUAGUCUCCCUCUCCCCUAUCUCAGACUGAAGAAAGGUCUCGACUUGAAACCUCACCCAUUCCUUCUCUCCAAAGAUUUUGUGACUUUCUUUGGUGUAAACCAGCAUCUGUUUGAAACAAAACUAAUUUUGGAUCCAAUUUGUCAAAUCGCCUUAAACGCCCUGGUUUUAUUUGUGGACGGCUCUCCCGUCUGGGACCUCGUUAAAGUUCACGUAGACUGCACCAACCAUACUUUCUUUGUUGUCACUUGUCACUUGUCACAAAAAAUCCAAAGUUUAGAGAGUUUCACCACGUCCAGUGUUGGAAUAUGUGAUGGGACAGUGUAGAGAAAGCUUUACCCUGUGUUUGAUCCGUGCUCUCCAUAAGUAUGUAACAGCAGUGUGGGGGGAGCUUCAUUUUGUGUAUAACUCCGACCCUACUUCUAUGAUGGAGUUGAAUCACCUUGAAUCUGUGUCCAACUUUUUUUCUCUCUCUGUCCUGGGAAUAUUUACUGCCCUAGUACUCUCUCCUUAAUCCUUUCUGUUACUGUGUUGGGUUGUUUUUUUGUUCCCCCCCCCCCCCAUCCUCCAGUUAUACAGUGUGGAAACGGCCCUUUGGCCCAACUUACUCACAUCAACCAACCUGUCCCAUGUACACCUUGGCCCAUAUCCGUCUAAACCUUGAGAAUUCAUGAGAAAUUAGUUUAUCUCUCUUCUAUUGUAAAAACCUUUCCUCAAAGAAGGGAUACCAAGUACUGUGCAUUAUGCCCCAGUCCACAUUGCACAGAUCUGGGUAGAUGUAGAAUAGGCUUAAUUGUGACAACACUCGUUGGAAUGGAAGCUUAUCUGCGGGAUGUCUUAAACAGACUCGCUUCUAAACGGUGUUUAUCAUUUACAAGUUAAAGCUGAUGUUCCCUUGCAACAUUUCCCACAAAAUAAUCGUGAUCAACUCUGCAGAACUGAUACAGAAUUUUGUUUUUCUUCUGACAUCUUGGCUGUUCAGGAUGUGUGUUGCUUUGAUCUGGCAGCACACUGCUGAAGUAAUUCUAACAUCAACCAUAUUAAAGCAGAGGUUAACGUCUUUGGUUCCUCACAUAUCCUACCUCCUGGACUCCCAGGAAGUUAGACUGUCAACUAGUGUCUAUAUUUCUGAUUGUAACUAUAACACAUGAAGGCUUUGCUACGGCUUUAUAUAUUAAAUGUUUUAAUAUCUAGGGCUUCCUUUGUUAAACCAUGAAGAAAACUUAUUUAUGUGGAUAUGAUCUUCUACAUAAGGUGAUUAUCAAACUUUGUGUGGAAAUAUUUACAGUUGUAAAUAAACUGAUUCUUGCAAAUGA